GGACACGAGUUACGAGUAUUACCUCCGGGUUUGGGAAAGGUUGUGCGCCGCGGCCGCCAUUUUGCUGGAAGGGGAGGCGCGUUUUACGUCGCGACUCCGUACCCUAUCCCAGCGGUAUCGCGGCUCCCAACGACCUCCGAUCUAUGAGCCUUCCCCAACCCACAAGACUCUUCCUGUUGCGCUCUGAUUUCAGGACUUUCUCCACGACUAGGCUGUUUUCCCUGCCAGGUGUCCUUUUGACCUCUUGACCUCUGACUCAAAGGUCAGCUCUAAGGUUCCAAACUCGGGUCUGGGAUGCGAAGGGGCGAUCUGUUCUAAAUUCCCCAAGUCUUUAGCACUGUGGCCGUCAAUCCCACGCUUUAGGUGCUUCGUCGCAGGCCUGAGCUUUCAUGUCCUGAAAUUGAACGCCAGGUUUCCAAAUCUAGCCAGGGAUAAGAAGUUAACUCCUACUAAGUGUCACUCCUUGAGCCCUGCAUCCCAACUUAUACCACAAAUCUGGUUCCACGUUAAAGGACCCCGUUAACCCUCAGAUUCCUUGUGAUUUAAGUCAGCCUCAAUCCCAGCUCCCAAGGUUCCAGAUUUUAGCCCUGGUUUUUUCAGUUCCACUGCUCACCACCCAAAAUCUGGAACUCAGUUCUAAAACCUUCCAAAUCUCCAUCCCUGCGACCAGCACAUUUUGGAGGAUCCUUCCCUCUCUCAUUCUCGAUCUUCCAACCCAAGUCACAGACCCCAAAAUGAUUUCUCCAUGCUCUCCUUCUUUAGAGCCACCAAUUCCUCCUCCCCAAACCCCUGCAUCCCAGGCCCCCAUAAUUCCACCUCCUCUCCUACCCCCAAAUCUCCCGGAAUUAGCUUUUCCACCUUCUCCCUCAAGUCUCCAGACCCCUAUUCCCCCACCACCCCCACUGCCGCCUCCACCCCCUACCACCGGGUUUUCUCCCCCUCACGUCUUCGGCUUGGAGAAGAGCCAGCUCCUGAAGGAGGCCUUGGAGAGGGCCGGCCCAGUCCCCAGGAGCAGAGAGGACGUGAAGAGGCUCCUGAAGCUGCACAAGAACCGUUUCAGAAGUGACCUGCAGUGGAUCCUCUUCUGUGCUGACCUGCCCUCCCUCAUCCAAGAAGGCCCUCAGUGCGGGCUGGUGGCCUUGUGGAUGGCAGGCACUCUCCUGGCGCCCCUCAGCGGCACCCCCCUGGAGAGACUGGUGCAGGUGGCCAUGGAGAGAGGUUACACGGCCCAGGGGGAGAUGUUCUCAGUGACUGACAUGGGCAGGCUGGCCCAAGAGGCACUGGGCUGCCAGGCAGAGGUGCUCUACGGCGGCCUGGGUGGUCCCAACAGAGACCACGUCCUGCAGCACCUCGUCGCCGGACAUCCCCUGCUUAUCCCCUAUGACGAGGACUUCAACCACGAGCCGUGUCAGAGGAAGGGCCACAAGGCCCACUGGGCAGUGAGUUCAGGGGUCCUGCUGGGUGCGCAGGGUACGCCCAGCCCGGGCUACGACGAGGACCCUGAGCUGCCAGGCCUGUUCCACCCGGCGCCCGGCACGCCCCGCCAGCCGCCGUCCCUGCCAGAGGAAGGCUCCCCAGGAGCCGUCUACCUUCUCGCCAAGCAGGGCAAGAGCUGGCACUACCAGCUGUGGGACUACGACCAAGUCCGGGCCAGCAACCUGCAGCUGACGGACUUCUCGCCCUCUCGGGCCGCCGAUGGCCGGGAGUACGUGGUGCCCGUCGGCGGGCUGCGGGCCGGCCUCUGCGGCCAGGCCCUGCUCCUGCGACCACGGGACUCCAGCCACUAGCCUGCUGCAGCCCCGAGCCCGGGGUGACGGGGCGCAGCCACAGCUCGGCUGUGUCGCCUUUCGCAGAGUGCCCCAUCUUCUCUGUGCGACAGCCUGGGGGCUUGGGCUGGAUCUCUGAGGACCUCCAUCCAGAGAUCCUUCAUGCAGGGUCCCCCCCCCCCGGAGUCCAUCCAGUCCCAAUCCUGGGCCUCAGCUCCCCCAAGCCCGUCCCCACAGUAUUGAGCACCUACUCUGGGCUGGGGUUAUAGCCAGGAGCCCCGCAGACAAGCUCCCUCUCUGCAAGAGAGAGACUGCCCACCGCUCAGACCCCAGGGCUUGUGCACCCCGCCUCGGUAUUGCAGCCGCCCGUUUCUGGCUGCUGUCUGCCCCUCUCUCUGGACCCCUUGCUGCUUCCCAGUGUCCAUGUGGAGCCGGGGAAGCCUUUUAAAACGCAAACCAGGGACUUCCCUGGCGGUCCAGUGUUUAGGACUCCGCGCUUCCACUGCAGGGGGUACAGUUCGAUCCCUGGUCGGGGGUGGGGGGUGGGAGGGUGGGGACUUGAGACCCUGCAUGCCACGCAGCACAACCAAAAAACAAAAUGCAAACCAGGUCUCAGCACUCCCCUCCAGAGAAGCCUCCAGCACCUACCUCCUCGAUACUUCUUGCAGGGCAGGGACUAAACUCGCCCCGCCCCAGGUCACCUCCCUUACCCCAGGCUGUUCUUCCUCACGCUUUCUGCCACCAGCCAGGCAUAGUGGCCUCUCAGGUGCCUAGGGUGUCCUGUCUCCCCCACCCCCCGGCCCUGUGUUACACACAAUUCUGGAACCGCUCUACCCUGGCUCCUUGUCACUUCCUCCGGGAAGACUCCCUCGGGCUGAGCACCUCCUCCAGCUAUGUGUUCUCCUGAUUUAAAAACAAAAGCAAAAGCC